GCGCCGGGUGCGACGACCAAAGUGGCGCAGUGCGCAGGCGCAGGCGACCCCGGCGACCUUUUUUCGCACACGCUUCCUAAACGCCUGGAGUGAAUGCGAUAGUAGCUCUACGAUCGUCAUGUAGAGAUAGGAAAGUUUAGAGAGGCUUCGUUGUUUGAGGUGGAACUUUCGGGUUGCUUCAGGCUCGCUCCUGGAAUCUUUUUUCUUUUUCUUUUAGCCCACGCAUCUUUCUUAUAAAGUAAGACUUGAACUAGAAAUAACUCCUCUCUCUGCCUCUACUUUUUAUUGGAGGGGGGGAAUACUUUGCCGUCCCGUUCAGCAAACAUAAUGGAUUUCAACUAGUUUUCUUCCUAGGAACGAAAGUAACUAUUUCCCUAGAAAGUAAAGUCUAAUGGGCUCCGUGAGUUUGCUUCUUGUGUAUGUCUGCAGAAAAUCUAUGCAUCAAUUGGAACAAUGAUAAGCAGCAUAACCCGAUUUUGACGUAUAGAGAUAGAAAUUUAAAGUAAUGCAUGUGUGUGUGUGUGUGUUUUUUUAAGGGAUUACUGUCCGUUUCACCGUCCUUGCACGAGCAGCUGUCACUUUCAUCCCUCUCCGAAAGUGAUCACAGGACCGGGGGUGGAAUCCAAAAAGUCCAGUGAGCAGGUCAAGGAAUUGCCAGUCUAACAUUUCCACAUCUAUUUUCCCACUAGUUUGGUGAAGGAGAUUCGCGUCACGGUGUCCCUGAAAGAAUGACGUAAUCGACGUCCUUCCACUACGGGGCGGAGGGAAAUCCGUUCUUGGUAUAGCCAUCCGGUGGCCUUAUUUCCCCCCCUGAAGACUACAUUUCCCGAUAUGCAUUGCUGUAUAACCAACUGCGUCCGAGGCGCGGAGAAUCAUUGCAGUGAGCUAUGAAGCUCGUGCUUUUGGAGUUACCAGAAACAUGUUUGCUGCUGAUGCAAAGAAACUAUGUCCGGAUCUCCUGUUAGCGCGAGUACCAGAGGCCCAUGGUAAAGCAGAUCUCACCAAGUACCGAGAAGCCAGCGUGGAGGUGAUGGAAGUGAUGUCACGCUUUGCUGUGAUUGAACGUGCCAGCAUUGAUGAAGCCUACAUGGAUUUAACUAGUGCUGUGCAGGAAAGGCUUCAGAAGAUGAAAGGGCAGGCUAUUGUAGCAGAGCUGUUGGCAACUACCUACAUCCAAGGAUGGCCAGACAGUCUUGCAACAGAAGAGAAUACAGGCAACAAAGAAGAACUGCGGGAGCGUGGUUUGCGACAGUGGCUCGAGUCAUUGCCUUUCGGAGAUCCCAGCAGUCCAGAGCUGCAGCUGACAGUGGGAGCUGUCAUUAUGGAAGAAAUGAGGGCAGCUGUGGAAUCUGUCACUGGAUUUAGGUGUUCCGCUGGCAUUUCUCACAACAAGGUAUUAGCAAAGCUGGCCUGUGGCCUCAACAAGCCUAAUCGUCAGACUUUGGUGUCACACGGUUCCGUCCCUCAGCUCUUUAGCAAGAUGCCAAUCAGCAACAUCCGCAACCUUGGAGGGAAGCUUGGGGCCUCUAUCACUGAACUUCUAGGAGUGGAGUAUGUAGGAGAGCUGAUCCAGUUCAGUGAAUCACAGCUUCAGACCCACUUUGGAGAGAAGACUGGCUCCUGGUUGUAUGACUUGUGCAGAGGGAUGGAGCAUGAGCCUGUGAAACCUAGACAAUUGCCCAAAUCCAUUGGCUGUAGUAAGAAUUUCCGUGGAAAAACAGCUUUGGUUACUCAGAAGCAGGUGCAGCACUGGCUUCUGCAGCUGGCCUUGGAGCUGGAGGAGAGACUGAACAAGGACAGAGAUCAAAACAACCGGGUAGCUAAACAGCUGACUAUUGGGAUCCAUAUGCAGGGCUAUAAACAUGCCAAAGGCUUAUCCCGCUGCUGUGCCUUAGCAAAUUAUGACGCUCAUAAAAUCAGCAGAGAUGCUUUUGUGCUAAUCCAGAACUGCAAUACUGCAGGAGGCCAGCAGGCUGCAUGGUCUCCUCCAAUUACACUUCUUCAGCUUUCUGCGAGCAAGUUUUCAGAAGCUCAUGCUUCCUCCGUGAACAUUACUUCCUUCCUAACGACUGAUAGCCAAGGUACCCAAGCCACUUGCACCAGUGCUUCCAGCCCAAAUGGCAAGUCCAUUGAAAGCCCCAAAAAGGAGACCCUCAGGAAGACAACCAAUCCUAUUCAGAUGCUUUUUCAGAGAGCAGUGGAAAAGAAACAGGCCCAGGCUAUGUCCAGGAACUCUCUUCCUGGUGUCAGCAAUGAAAGCAACUUACCAUCAAUAUCAGAGUCCAGUAUCUGUCAGGAUAAACAACUCACCCCCAUUAACAGCCAGACUCCAAAAGCUCCUGCGGAACAAAGUAUCACCAGGAGCAACCCAGACUGCAUGCAGAAACAGCUCUCAGUAGAACAGUGUCUGGCCAGCUCCAAAGCAGGGCUCCUGGAGAUUCCUUUAGAAACAGAAGUGCCCGAGGUCUCUUCAGAGCUCCCUGAUCUGUGCAAGGAAAAGGAAAUGCAUCCUACUGCUGGAAUUUCCCAGGUAGGGGUUGAUAGUUGGGCUCCUCAGCCCUGUACUGGUGACACGAUGCUGUGCGAGAAAUGUAAUCAACAGGUGUUGGUAUGGGAGUUCACAGAACACUUGGACUACCACUUUGCUGUAGAGCUGCAGAAUUCUUUCUCAGGAACUGACUCCUGCAGGCCAUCUUUGCCUCCCACCAGCCCUCCAGCUAAGGGCAAAAGUAAACAGAAGACACACACAGCCUCUAGGGCCAAAAGGCCAAGGCAAAGCACAGAUAGGACUUUGGAUUUCUUUUUUAAGCGGCCACCUCCUUAGGAUGAAGCUCACCUGAGCAGCUUAUCUUGGAAAAAGAAGGUGCAACUUUAUUUGCCUUUAUCUAAUAUCCAUAAGUAAAUAAAUAAAUAAAUAGGAUAAUAAAUUGUUCCAAACAGGUGCUUGAAAAGCUGCAGGACUCCCCGUUGUUACGAAAACCUGCACUUGCUGGUCAAGGUUAUUAUGCCUUCUGUAGCACGUUCUUGCUUUGCAGCUUCAGGUGGUAGCAGAUGUUGCAUCAAGAUGCCAUAUUAACGAUACUAUCGAUUUAUGGUAGUCAUUGGGGGUGUCUCUAGUCAGACUGUUCCCUCCACAGGACCAUCUUUACAUUAUCAUUCAUUUGUUUAAGUAUUUUAAACUUGUAAACUGCCUUGGCAGAAGGGAGGUAUUAAAUGUAAUACAUGCUUCUAGAGAUGUGCUGCCCGAGGGCUUUCUUGGGCCUGCUCUAGGCAACUAAAUGUCAAGGGAUGAACUUGGGCCCUUCUGCAUCCUGCUCAUGUGUUCUCUCAUUGAGCUGCUUGGAUCAGUCGUAGGUUGUGACUGGCUUUUACUAUGGUGGCGAUUGCCCUUCCAUAGGCACUUUGAGGAAGACAGUCGUUAGAAUUGAAUGGAUACUGGAAUAUGCAUUGCGCAAGUCCACAUGUGUCCACUUGACCAGUUUGAUCAGCAGAAUUGGUGCUAUGUAGGCGCCAUGUGAUAACUGUUAUGCAUUUUUAAGAAUUUGAUUGUUUAGUGUGGCAGCACCUGCACUUUGGAACCCCCCUGCCUACUGAGAUUAAGAAAGUGCCUUCAUGGUACUGUACUUUUUUCAGCAUUUGCUAAAAACAUUCUUGCUUAUACAAGCCUCCCCAGAUGCUUAGAAAAUUGAGGUGAUUUUAAUCUGUCUUCAAUAUUUUAACUUGUAUGCUUGUGAAUUUUUCUACUUUGA